AGUUUCUAAUUCUUUGAUUUAUUGAGUCAACAAAUAUCACAAUAUUUAGUUUUGCCCUUUUUGAAUUAUGUUAUGUUUUGAUUAGUAUAAUAUAUAAAACAAUUCAUUUAGAAACAAUAGAACAAUGUAACUACAAAUUUUAAUAUCAAUCAAAGGUACACUUUCGAUUUCGAUUUCACAAAUCUCUAGAUUUUACCGAAUGAAUCACUAUUUCUGAUUUGUUAUUUGAGAUUAGCCAAAUAAAAUUAAUUAUAGUCUUUUAUUCAACAAUAUAUUUUCUAAUGUCUGAUUGAUAUACAUAGUUUAUUCUGAACAUGAUAUUUUAUGUUAGUUAUAAAGAGUAUUCUAUAUGAGAAACAUAGUGAAAAAAAAACGGUGACCUAACCAAGAAGCCACUGAUGAAUAAUGGAAAAUGUUAGGCAGAAAGAACAAUGCUAUCAGCCAUUCAUUAUAGCCUAAACUUACGGGAUUAAUAGUUAUUCUUUAUUGUUCUCACGUAUGGGUCAAUGAAGACAUAUAUAAAUAGAAACAAAUAGACAUUAUGAGUUAGACAUGGAAACUUUCAAAAAUAACUUUAUUAAUAUACUUGAUUUACCCAAUGAAAUCUUAUUGAUAAUUUUCAACAAAUUGAAUAUAGUUGAUGUUCUUUAUUCACUUGUGGAUGUCAAUGAACAAUUUGAUCGAUUAGUACUUAAUCCUCUUUAUAUUCAUAAUUUUGAUUUGAGUACAAAAUCAUUGUUUGAUGAUACGUCUUCAAUAUCUGAUCAAGUUCUUGAUAGAAUUUAUAAAAAAGUUUUACCUCGAAUUCAUCAACAUAUAAAUAAACUUACUGUUGAACCACAUUCAAUAGAACAUAUUCUUCUUAAUGUUAAUUUUUAUCCUCAACUUUUCUCAUUAUCAUUUGUUAAUUUUGAAGAAGAAAUACUUUAUCAAUAUUUAACAGGUGAUUCAAUUCUUCAACGUCGUCUCAUUGAACAAAUCACGCAUCUUAGUAUUAGCAUUCGAAAUAAGAUAAAACCAAUAGUUUUUGAAAUUUUCUCAAAUGUAUUCAUAUUGAUUUUAUCUUUAUGUAAACGAUUAAUCAAUUUAAAUUUUUGUCAAUUAUUUCCUGAUCAAAUGUGGUCAUUUAAUAUUUUUGCUUUACCAUCAACAAGUUGUAUGUCUUUAACUUUAACUCAAUUGAAAAUUAAUGUCAAUACUUUUGAUGCUUGUCUUUAUCUUCUUGAUGGACGUCUCGAUAAUUUAUCGAUUUUGAUUAUUAAUAUAUUAAAAAUUUCUUGUAAAUUAUCAAAUAUAGAUAACAUGAAAAAACUUUACAAAUUGAAAUAUUUUUCAUUGAUCUCGUUUGAUGAUAUAUUGUAUUAUGAUGAUGAAAUUAUUCCAUUACUUCGUCGUAUGAUAAAUCUUGAAGAAUUGAUAUUAUCUUUGUCGUAUAAACACAACUGUUAUCAAGAAGAACAUUAA